AUGAAUAGCAAUGGACAGGAAUUAGAAAAAAUCAAGAAUACAGUGGAAUCUCAAUUGCUUUUGUUUGAAAAGGAAAUGAAGAAGGAUUUUGAUAGUCAUCGAAAAUACAUUGAGAGUGUUUUAGAAAUACAGAAAACUCAACUUCUUGAAGCUUUUGAGCGCUUGAGGAAUGAUACCAACACCCUUGAGCUCCAGCAAAAUGACAACAUCCGUUCAAUUAAACAACUCUCUACAGGACUUGAUUCAUUUAUUUCUGUCCGAUUUGUAAAUGGUGGUUCCCAUUACGGACGAGUCGAGGUGAAUUACGAUGGUGUGUGGGGAACAAUUUGUGAUGAUUACUGGGAUGAUGACGACGCCAAUGUCACCUGUAAAAUGAAAGGCUACAACCGUGGUGGAAUAGCACACUGGACAGGCUUAUACGGCAAAGGAACUGGACAAAUAUGGCUUGAUGACGUUCAAUGUACCGGAACUGAGUCCUCACUAAUGGAAUGUUCAAAGCUUCCAUUUGGACAGCACAACUGUGGACACGACGAGGACGCAAGUGUGUACUGUUACUGACGUGUUGAAAGGAAAAGCAAAAAUCACCAUUAAGACCAAUCUGUACAUCAUAAAAUAGCAUGAAAAUGGUUC